CGGAGGGCCGGGCGGGACGGAGGCCGGGAGGCCGGGGUGGCCGGCGUGCAGCUCGGCGGGAGGCGGGCGCCCGGAGACGCCGCUGGGGCCCGCGCGGCCGGGGCGCGUCCCAGGGCAGGGCUGCCCGGCCCCGGCCCCGGGCCGCCCGCGCUCCCCAUGAAAAACCAGCUCCGCGGCCCCCCAGCGCGGGCGCACAUGUCGGCCUCGGGGGCGUCGGCGGCUGGGGACACCGGGGCGGGGUCCGAGCCCGGUGCGGGGUCCGGGUCCGGCGCGAACACCGGGGCAGGCGCGGCGACGGGUGCGGGGGCCAUGCCAUGCAAGAGCGCCGAGUGGCUGCAGGAGGAGCUGGAGGCGCGCGGCGGCGCGUCCUUGCUGUUGCUCGACUGCCGGCCGCACGAGCUCUUCGAGUCUUCGCACAUCGAGACGGCCAUCAACCUGGCCAUCCCGGGCCUCAUGCUGCGCCGCCUGCGCAAGGGCAACCUGCCCAUCCGCUCCAUCAUCCCCAACCACGCCGACAAGGAGCGCUUCGCUACGCGCUGCAAGGCGGCCACCGUGCUGCUCUACGACGAGGCCACCGCUGAGUGGCAGCCAGAGCCCGGCGCUCCAGCCUCGGUGCUUGGCCUUCUCCUGCAAAAGCUGCGCGACGACGGCUGCCAGGCCUACUACCUCCAAGGUGGUUUCAACAAGUUCCAGACAGAGUACUCAGAGCACUGCGAGACCAAUGUGGAUAGCUCGUCCUCGCCAAGCGGCUCGCCGCCCACCUCGGUGCUGGGCCUGGGGGGCCUCCGCAUCAGCUCUGACUGCUCCGAUGGUGAGUCGGACCGAGAGCUGCCCAGCAGUGCCACCGAGUCGGACGGCAGCCCUGUGCCAUCCAGCCAACCGACCUUCCCCGUCCAGAUCCUGCCCUACCUCUACCUCGGCUGCGCCAAGGACUCCACCAACCUGGAUGUGCUCGGCAAGUACGGCAUCAAGUAUAUCCUCAAUGUCACGCCCAACCUGCCCAACGCCUUCGAGCACGGGGGCGAGUUCACCUACAAGCAGAUCCCCAUCUCUGACCACUGGAGCCAGAACCUCUCCCAGUUCUUCCCUGAGGCCAUCAGCUUCAUUGAUGAGGCCCGCUCCAAGAAGUGUGGGGUCCUGGUGCACUGCCUGGCCGGCAUCAGCCGCUCGGUGACCGUCACGGUGGCCUACCUGAUGCAGAAGAUGAACCUGUCACUCAACGACGCCUACGACUUUGUCAAGAGGAAAAAGUCCAACAUCUCACCCAACUUCAACUUUAUGGGGCAGCUGCUGGACUUCGAGCGGACGCUGGGGCUGAGCAGCCCGUGUGACAACCACACCCCCAGCGAGCAGCUCUACUUCUCCACGCCCACCAACCACAACCUGUUCCCGCUCAACACGCUCGAGUCCACGUGAGGCCGGGGCCCGGGGGCUGGUCCCUCCCCGGUCCUCCCUGGGGCCAGCUGGGAGGGCCCACACCCGCUGCCUCUGGCCUGAGGAACCUGGACAUCGCCUGUGCCCAGAGGCCCGGGCUGACUGGCGGCCGAGCUUCCCGCGCCAUCUCAGGGCUGGCGCAGCCCCCAGCAAGGCCUCCCCCGGCAGGACUUUUUGGCGGGGCCCUCUGCGCUCAGACCCGUGGCUUGGUGAGUCCCGCGGGGGCCCCCUCCUUGUCCCAGGACACUCUUUUCUGCUGAUGGCCCAGCCAGUUUGGCUAGUUUUUUUAAAGACACAUCCAUGGACCUGAGUUUACUUUUUACUUUUGGCAGGUAAAUCCGAGCUCCCUGGAGCACAGAGUGUUCAUGCUCUUCUUGAUUUUUCUUUUUUUAAUGAAAAGUGUUAUUUUCAGGCUACAUGCAACAGUGGAUUGUAUAAACCAGUAUUUCAUCCCUUUCUUGAUCCUGCGAGAGAGAGAAAUGUUCUCAGUUUUGUUUUUCUAUUUCAAAAAGCAGUUUUUGGGUUUUUGUUUUUAAUGGAGAAGACAAACCCCACGUUGAUCUUGACCAAAUGCGUUUUGCACAUGUGUGAAGCCUCCAUUUCUGCAGCAGCCCUUCUUAAAAGGGGUGGCUUGCUGCUCUCCCGGCAUCGGGACCCCCAGCCCUGCCCAGACCUCCCACCUCUGCCCAACCCGACUUGGCACUGCAUUUACCUAUGAUGACUGCCAUGGGUUGUGAGUCAGGGGCUGGACAGGCGGCCUUGGUGUUCUCUGCCCUCCCAGCUGCCCUUCUGGUGGUCCCUGCAGACUGCCUGAGGCAGGAGAUAGAGGCCCUGUCGCUGUCCUGCUGGACGUGGGGCCACGUGGGACUGCCAAACAGUAGCAUUAGCCCUUUGGGCUCAGCCCUGGGUUGGGGGGGCUGGGCCCCAGGCCCUUUUCUAUAUGUACUCACUACUUCUGUCUGUCUCUCUCUCUCUGUUUGUAGCUGAGAGUAGAGGCCCAGGGACCGGGGAAGCUUUUUGGUGGUGCGGCCCAGCCCCACCUCCCAAGUUUCUUCCCAUACCCUGGCCUUCGCUCUGGUUCAGCUGCCACCCCCAGCCCCCUUGUCCCGUGGAAGCCUGCCCUGCGCUCAUCUCACCCAUGCCUUCCAUUAAGAAACUCGCACCCAUUUCAAUCCCAGCACAGGGAGGCAGCAAGGAUAGACUAGGAAAGAAAGGGGUGUGAGGCUCUGUCCAUCCCCCACCCUGCCCCUGUAUCCACAGAACAAAGCCACGGAUUCCGUUAUCCUCCUCCAGUUCUGUUCCUUCUCCAAGCUCAGUUCUCCCAGGUGUCAGGACUGCAUGGGGUCCCCGGGAGGGGUGAGCAGUCGAGCCGGGGUCCCUGAGCGAGCCCACCCUCAGCAUGAGAGCGAGGCCACGGAAACUCCGCCCCCACUGCAUCUUACCUCACGGGGGUGGUUUUCAGGGAUUCUUUAAGGCAGCAGAUUAAAAUCUUGCCACAGUUGAGAAAUUGACAAAAAGCUUCCAUGCUGUACAUGGUUCUCUUCCUCUCUUUUUUACCUUUAAAAAGAAAAACCCAGAAAGAUGCAUCAGAUUUGUGUAAAUGAGGGUAUGCCAAGAGGGUGGCCAGUUUUGCUUUAUGAUCUUAUGAAGGAAAAUUUGUGACCCUACAUAUAUACACACAUACAUAUAUAUAUCCCGAACCAGCAACGGGACUUUGUUUAUAUUGCAAAUAAAUAUUAUUUUUUCUUUAAAA